AUGUACGAACGAAUAUUUGACACUUUUAGUUUCUAUCAGGAGGUCUGUGAUGGCAUUCGCUGCUUCGCCACAUCAGGUGUGACACUCAACAUGUUGACACACGGCUUCAUGUACGGAUUCAAUACGGGACUGUUCGCACAGUUGAGGAAGACUAAAGAGAUACAGUUGGAUUUGGAGUUAGAGUCUUGGCUGGCCUCGUCAACCAACUUAUCAUUCAUCGUUGGAACGCUAUUCAGUUCAAUAUUCAUGGAUCGUUUCGGCAGGAGACCUGCAUUCAUAAUUGCAUCGGCCACCAUGAUAAUCAGCUGGUUAAUAUUCAUUGCAGCUAAAUCCUUCACCGCUUUAUUAGUUGCCAAAAUAUUUCAAGGAUUCUCUGCAGGUGUUGAAAGUACUACAGGCUACAUUUUAGUAGGGGAAUACGUUAGCCCUAAUUACAGAGCAUCAUUCUUGGCAAGUAUUCAACCGUCCAUGCUGUUUGGGGAUUUCUUAACCCACGGUUUAAGUUCUAUAUGCGAUUGGCGUAAUGUAGCUAUUAUUCUUGCAUUCUUUUCGAUCCCUGGAUUGGCGUUUGUUGUUUUUUCACCGGAAUCACCGAGUUUUUUGGCAAAAAUCGGAAAGCAUGACCAAUGUAAAAAGGUGUUCUACUGGCUAAGAGGUCCCGAUGAAAAUAAUGAAGUUGAAAUGUUGAUUAGGACCAAUUUACCUUCGAAACAAAAUGCUAUUAACAAUGAUAAGAUAAAUGGUUACAAAAAAGUGAUACAUAAAUUGUCCUUCUUUGAUACUUUUUUAAAGAAAAGAGAACUACGUAUUUCGCUCUUUAUCAUGAUUCAUUUGCAACUUAUUAACUUGUUUUCCGGUGCUUUUCUGUAUGAUAAUUACACUGUAGACGUACAUACAGCUGUAUUUGGUACCGACAAAGAUCAGUACAUGUAUUUAAUUGUAAUGUAUUUAGAUAUAGUGAGAAUGUCCUCAUCAAUAUUCUCUGUUUUUCUCACGCAAAAAUUAAAACGGCGUAACAUGCUCCUAAGCUUAGUCAGCCUUAACAUAUUAAUGUAUCUAUUACUCGGAAUGUAUGUACUAUGCAAAAAUCAUAACUUAUUACCAUUUGAUCACAUAUCGAUCGGUAUGACUCUGUAUGGUUUUAACUAUUUUUCUUUAGCGGCUGGAUCUGCUUCUUUACCUAAUAUUGUGGCCGGAGAAAUAUUCCCUUUGGCCAAUAGAAGCGCUUGUGGGGUGGUUUGUAACAUAAUGGCUUCAUUAUACACGUUCAUCAAUAUCAAAAACAUUCCUUAUAUCUUUUCUAAAGUUGGUGUCAGCGGAGUUUUCUUUAUGAACGCCGCCCUACUCUCAUAUGCCCUCGGCAUGACAAUGUACACGUUACCAGAAACAAAAGAUAAAACGCUCUUAGAAAUAGAAAUCAUAUUAAGAGGGUGUCCUAUUGCUGAUGAUGAUGAGACAAUGAUUAAUCUGAAAAAACAUAAUGAGACAAACUUCUAAUAAAAUCCAAAGAAUAAACUAACUACAUUGACUCGCAAACUUAAAGUAAGUGCA